CACAGUCAGUCAAACUAUUAACAAUAGGUGCAGGCACCAAAGUCAGCUCACCAUGCAGGAUCUGCGAGGGAUUCUGAGCCUUCUCCUGAUCCAGCUGCUGGGUCACUCCCAGGGAGCGCCCAUUGCUGUGCCCACAUUAAUCGGGCAGACCCAUGACCUGUUGCUCCUCCUGCAGGAGAAAGCCUCCGCUCUGCUGAGCACCUACCUCACAGCAAUGGGCCUCCCAUUCUCCGAGCCAGGUUUCAGCCUCCCAGACAUGACCCUCAUCGGGCUGCCCUCGCCCUCCAUCGGGUACUUGGCCUGGCGCAGGCUGACGGAUGGGCAGCGCCUUUCGGAAAACUACCGGGCCUACAGCCUGCAGCUGGAGUACCUGCAGCUGGUGCUGGACGACCUGCAGGCCCUGGGCCUGGGACAGAGCUCCGGGAAGCUGACCGAGCAGCUCACCACCUGCCGGACCCAGAUCCAGGGGCUCCUGGCCAACCUGCGCUCCCUGCUGGAAGCCCUGGCUCAGCCCCUGCCUGCCAUCGGCGAGCCCCUGGACUCCAAGGCCUAUGGGACCUCCGAUUUCGAGAGGAAGCUCCGGGGAUACAUUGUCUGCCGGGAGUAUGUGCGCUGGAUCGACCGGACACUGAGGGAUUUCGCACUCCUCUCGGACAGUGCCUCCACCUGAUGGGGGGAGGUGGGGCGAACACACCUCCCUCCCUCACACCACCCUCCUGCCCCGACCUGGAACGCUGGCCAGAGGCGAGGCGGGAUGAGCAGACCUGGGUUUCCUCUUCUCGUUUAUAGCAUCCUCACUGUAGACCGCCACCCAGUGGCCAGUAUUUGCACUAGCUUUGUGACAGUUGACAUAGAGAUGUCAAGUUGCUGACUUUAACAGGUCGAAUUGACCAAAUAUAACAUGGUAAAUGCACUACUCUGCCACAGAAAUUGCACCAAUAAUUGACAGAUUUCGCCGCUUGGGCGUUGCCUACUCCAGUGCCUUCUGUGAGUCACCGGCCCCACUGACCCACCUGUGUUUCUUGUGGCAACACUGGGUAGAAACCUGUCAUAUUGCAAUUCCACCCUUUUGCCAUCUGGUGGCACACUGAGUGUGACAUGUUUACAUAGCAAAUCCCUGUUUGAAAUGUUUGGGCUAUAUUUGGGGCCAGAAAUGCCAACAGGGUUAAAUAUUUCCUACGUUGUAGACAUUGAGAAUAUAUUUGCAAUAUUUAAAUAGCUCUGUUUUCUGUCAAUUUUUAAGUUAUGCUUAUUUAUAUGAAGGGUUUGUCUGUUAUAUUUUUACAGUGUAAUUUAUUCUAAA